AUGUCUCUCAAGAUUGUGGUGGUCGCUGCUGUUGUCGUCGCUACGUCAGCUGGACCUCAGGCUUCUACAUUCUAUCGGCCCACGACAUCAGGUCCCACUUACCGACCUCCGACACCUGGUCCCAUCUACGGCGUUCCCACUACUGAGGCUCCUGCUCGGUACUCCUUCAGUUGGAAAGUGAAGGACGACGCUUCCGGCAACGACUUCGGCCAAGACGAGACCCGUGAUGGUCCCAACACCCAGGGCUCCUACUAUGUGCUGCUUCCCGACGGUCGUCUGGAGAAGGUGACCUACACUGUCAACGGCGACUCCGGCUACUUGGCCCAGGUGACCUACGAGGGCCAGGUCCAGCACACCACACCCCAGCCCUACUAUGGCUAG